GCUUGGAAAGCGGAAGGUAUUCAAAUAUCAACUAAUUCAAAUGAAGCGGCACGUUUAUUUGAUGCUCUUUUACGUCAAUACGUUUCGUGGAGUGAAUGCGCUCAAUUAGGUGGAAUGGAUAAAACGCUUAGCAAAAUGAUUGAAGCAGAACCAAAUGCUAUAAUGAGUCGAGUGAUAUCAUUGGGAUUAGAAGCAAUGGGAACGGGACGAUCGAUACGAUUAGAUGAAAAUUAUCAGAAUGAAUUGAAACAAUUAUUGGACGAUGCAUGUAAACAUGGUACCACAUAUGAGAAGAAUCAUGCAAAAGCUAUUAAUAUGUUUGCUAAUGACAAAAUAUUAGCAGCAUGUGAGGAAUGGGAAAAAAUUUUGAAUGAAACACCAAAUGAUUUGUUAGCGUUAAAAUUUGCGCAUGAUGCAUAUUUUUAUUUGGGUGAUAAGCAAUCACUUCGUGAUAGUAUUGCCCGAGUAUUCCCGAAAUGGAAAUCAACAACACCAUGCUACAGCUAUCUUUAUGGUAUGUAUGCAUUUGGCUUAGAAGAAUGUGAGCAAUAUGAUGAAGCUGAGAAUUAUGCCAAAAAGGGUCUUGAAUUGAAUAAGUAUGAUGCUUGGGCUACACAUGCUUUAGCACAUUGUAUGGAAAUGAAUGGACGUAUCGAAGAAGGUAUUCAUUUUAUGGAAUCAACCGAAACGGAUUGGAAUAAAUGUUUUUUACUUGCAUGUCAUAAUUAUUGGCAUAUCGCACUUUACUAUAUCGAACUUGGGAAAUAUAACGAAGCAUUGUUAUACUACGACAGAGAGAUAGGAAAACGUGUGAAAAGUGCCACAAUGUUGGAUAUUGUUGAUGCAUCAUCAAUUCUUCUACGCUUUGAAAUGGAAGGUGUAUCGGUUGGUAAUCGUUGGAAAGCUCUUCUACCAAUUGUUAAACCACAUGUAAAUGAUCAUAUAUUAGCUUUUAAUGAUGCACACAUUCGUAUGGUUAUUGAAGGUUGCAGUGAUAGUACGAUCAGAAAGAAUCAUUGCGACAGUAUUGCAAAUUAUAUAAAUAAUAAUUAUGGUGAUAACAACGAGCGAACACGAAAUUUCGGAAAAUCUAUCUGUGAUGCGAUAACUUCUUAUUAUAAUGGUGAUUAUCAUGAAGUUGUUCAAACAUUAUCACCUAUAAGGCAUAAUGUGUAUAACAUAGGUGGCAGUAAUGCACAACGUGACAUAUUUACACAAUUACUUAUUCACAGUGCUUUAUCGUCGACUAAAGUUAGUGAUUAUAAACUCGGAAAGAUGAUAUUGGAAGAACGAAAUAUGGUAAAGAAGAAUUCAAGUUUGAGUCAAAGGUUAUUGAACAAGUACAGCUAG